AUGUGUCGAGCAGCUCUGUUUGCGAUCGCCGCGAUCUUCGUAGUCUCCAGUUCCCCUGUGGAGGGACGAUCCUCUCGAAAAAGGGAGCUGCAGAAACCGCAAAUUAAUUGGGAUGAAUACCCCAGCUAUGGGGAUAUAGUAAAGUAUCUAAAGGACAUGGCUUGGGUUCAUAGGAACCGGAUCCAUCUGAGAGAUGUUGGGCGAUCGUACGAGAACCGGACGCUACAGAUAGCGGUUAUUUCUAAUGGAGAUGGUAGACCGAACAAGAAGGUUAUAUUCAUUGAUGCCGCCCUCCAUGCGCGGGAGUGGCUCUGCCCCAUCACAGCCCUAUAUGUUAUCCACCAGUUGCUAGUGGAGUACGAGGUCAACUCCUACCUGUUGGAUGACUACGACUGGGUUUUGCUGCCCCUCGCCAAUCCUGACGGAUACGAGUAUUCGAGAAAUAUUGACAAUUUUUGGACCAAAACCAGAUCCCCCAACAAUGAACACUGUUAUGGAACGAAUCUGAACAAAAACUUCAACUUUCUCUGGGCCAAGGAUUCUCCGGCUUUGAAAGAUCCCUGCAGCGAGGAAUUCGCCGGCAGUGAACCUUUUUCAGAGCCAGAGUCGAGGACUGUGCGUGACAUUUUGGAUGAGCUGGUGGACUCUAAACGUGGAUUUAUGUACCUCUCACUGCACACUGCCAAUCGAUCGAUUCUGUAUCCGUGGAAUAAGAAAAGCAAUUUUACCAAGAAAAACAUAAUGCAUCAGCAGAUUGCCAAAUAUGCCACCGAUCGGAUAUACUGGAGUACUGGUACGCGGAUAAAAGAAGUACCCAGGUACUUUUAUGGAAGAGGAACCGCCCUGGACUACGCUGACAGAUUAGGCUUCCCCCUGGCCUUCACCUUCGAGCUGUCAGGUAUGGGCCGAGACGGAGUGGAUCACAAGUUCUUCCCGCCGAGCGUGCUGAUUCGCGAAUUGGUUCAGGAGUCUUGGUUGGGAAUACGAUCUCUGGCCGAAAGGGCGAUGGAACUAUCAAGAAUUGUUCCGCCAAAACCAAACCGACAACGUAAUUCUAGACCUACACGAAAACCUACACGAAAACCCACACGAAAACCUACACGAAAACCCACACGUAAACCCACACGUAAACCUAAUCCAAAACCCAACUCUAAACCUACACCUAAGACUAAUUCUAAACGCAACCCUAAACCAACAUCUAAACCUACCUCUAAGCCAAAUCAAAAAACAAAACCAAAAUCUCAAACAGGUCAAACAGAGUUACCACAAAAUGUUACUUCAACUAGCGUUUCAUCGGAAACCUUAAAAGCUGUCUCAUCAUUAAAUAGUACCAUUUCAUUAAAAGAAAAUAAAUAAAUACAGAGUAAACUAAAAAUAGAAGCUAA